AACGGUGCCGGGCUGCCGCGGGGCGGGCGGACCCCACCUGAGCCCUGCUGCUCCACCGCUCCUGGGCGGGAGCCGAGCCCAGCCCGGUCCUGCCGCCCUACGGCUCGGGGCGGAGAGCGGGCGGCGCGAGGAGGCGGCCGCGCUGCCGCUAAGCUGCUUAGGGCCGGGCUGGCUGGCAUGAGCCUCCCCGGCGGGGCGGCUGCGGGCUGCGCGCUGCGCGGCGGCUGAGGGUGCGGAGCCCUCCGUCGUGAGGAGGGGAGGAGGCGGAGGGGACGUUCCGCUCCUCGGGGGGGAGGAAAAUGGGGAACUGCCUCAAGUCCCCCACCUCGGAUGACAUCUCGCUGCUCCACGAGUCCCAGUCGGACCGGGCCAGCUACGGGGACGGGGCCGAGCCGGAUCAGGAGCCGCCGCCGCCAUAUCAGGAGCAAGUCCCUGUUCCUGUGUAUCACCCAACCCCCAGCCAGACCCGGCUGGCAACACAGCUGACAGAGGAAGAGCAAAUCCGAAUAGCGCAGAGGAUAGGCCUUAUCCAGCACCUACCGAAGGGAGUCUAUGAUCCUGGAAGAGAUGGCUCCGAGAAGAAGAUCAGAGAAUGUGUCAUUUGUAUGAUGGACUUUGUGUAUGGGGACCCUAUUCGAUUUCUGCCAUGCAUGCACAUCUACCACCUGGACUGUAUAGAUGACUGGUUGAUGAGAUCCUUUACCUGUCCAUCCUGCAUGGAGCCAGUGGAUGCAGCACUGCUUUCAUCAUACGAGACUAACUGAGCCAGGGUUUCUCCGUGAACCUCCAAGGAGACCAUCCACUUCAAUGGGUUUGAUCCUUUUGUCAUUCAGCCCAAAGAGCCAGAAAUUAGGAAUUAAGGUCAUGCACAAAAUAUACAUUUCCUAAUGAAUAAAAAAUACUCCUGAAUGGCUGCAAAUAUUGGGAAAAAAAAGCAUAGUAUUUUAGAGAAUAUAGAAAAAGUAGGUUGUUAUUUUUAAUGUAAAGCCUUGACCCACCAUUGUCUUUAAUGUUUGUUCUUACACCCAUAUAUAGGAAUUGUAAAGUGUUACAGCAACUGUAAAUGUUUAAACUGCGUGUAUCCAAUUUUAUUAGCAGUAAGAUAAGAGUAUUUUUUUUUUCCUAAAUAAAGUAACUUUUUUUUUUUCUGAUUCUUUUCACGAGUCCUGGCAUUUGGGUCAAGGCUUUAUUAAAAUCUACAUUUUAUAACACUGGCACAAAGAAAUAGUUUUAAGCUUGUUUGCACAGUUCUUUUUUUUUUCUUUUUUUUUUUUCUCCCUCCAUUGGAGAUGGAAUUCAUUGCCUUAGGUCUUUUUAAUAGUGUAUUGUUAUUGUUGGGCUGGCUCUAUGCUUGAAAACCAGUUUAUUUAUAACCUGUUACAAGUGCUAUAUUUUGUUUGCAGUUAGGAAUAUGCAGACUUCGAAGUGAUCUCCUAGCUUGUAAGCAAACUGAGAUGCAUUACCCCUUUUCUGCAAGUGAUGUUGAAUAUGAAGAUGCAGAACAGGUCCUGCAACUGAAAUUAUGGUGUCAUGGAUUUUAGAACUCAUUUCGGUUUGGACAAAACAAAUCCUUACAUUUGGAUGUCUACCUGAACUUGAUCAAGAUAAAAGUGGACCAGGAGGAUGAUAAACAGUGAAGCUACCACAAUUGGAAAAAAAAAAUUAGAAUAUAGUGUUAGAAGCAAUCACUUAUUCUUCCUUUUUUCUCCCUAAAAAAUGGUUGUCUUGAAUUGCAGCAAAUGGAUACUGCAUCUCUUGUUCUUGUAGUUCUUAGGUUUCAGAAGUUAAGAAUAAACAUACUGUAUCUCAGU